UAAACUUCUGCACUGGAGGGGCCUCUCCUCCCCUCGUUCUGCACAUGGAGCUCUAAUCCCCACGCCCGGGAUGAGUGCAGAAUAUACCCCGCAGGGUAUUUGUAAAGAUGAGCCCAGCAGCUACACAUGUACAACUUGCAAACAGCCAUUCACCAGUGCAUGGUUUCUCUUGCAACACGCACAGAACACUCAUGGAUUAAGAAUCUACUUAGAAAGCGAACACGGAAGUCCCCUGACCCCGCGGGUUGGUAUCCCUUCAGGACUAGGUGCAGAAUGUCCUUCCCAGCCACCUCUCCAUGGGAUUCAUAUUGCAGACAAUAACCCCUUUAACCUGCUAAGAAUACCAGGAUCAGUAUCGAGAGAGGCUUCCGGCCUGGCAGAAGGGCGCUUUCCACCCACUCCCCCCCUGUUUAGUCCACCACCGAGACAUCACUUGGACCCCCACCGCAUAGAGCGCCUGGGGGCGGAAGAGAUGGCCCUGGCCACCCAUCACCCGAGUGCCUUUGACAGGGUGCUGCGGUUGAAUCCAAUGGCUAUGGAGCCUCCCGCCAUGGAUUUCUCUAGGAGACUUAGAGAGCUGGCAGGGAACACGUCUAGCCCACCGCUGUCCCCAGGCCGGCCCAGCCCUAUGCAAAGGUUACUGCAACCAUUCCAGCCAGGUAGCAAGCCACCCUUCCUGGCGACGCCCCCCCUCCCUCCUCUGCAAUCCGCCCCUCCUCCCUCCCAGCCCCCGGUCAAGUCCAAGUCAUGCGAGUUCUGCGGCAAGACGUUCAAAUUUCAGAGCAACCUCGUGGUGCACCGGCGCAGCCACACGGGCGAGAAGCCCUACAAGUGCAACCUGUGCGACCACGCGUGCACGCAGGCCAGCAAGCUGAAGCGCCACAUGAAGACGCACAUGCACAAGUCAUCCCCCAUGACGGUCAAGUCCGACGACGGCCUCUCCACCGCCAGCUCCCCGGAACCCGGCACCAGCGACCUGGUGGGCAGCGCCAGCAGCGCGCUCAAGUCUGUGGUGGCCAAGUUCAAGAGCGAGAACGACCCCAACCUGAUCCCGGAGAAUGGGGACGAGGAGGAAGAGGAGGACGACGAGGAAGAGGAAGAAGAGGAGGAAGAGGAGGAGGAGGAGCUGACGGAGAGCGAGAGGGUGGACUACGGCUUCGGGCUGAGCCUGGAGGCGGCGCGCCACCACGAGAACAGCUCGCGGGGCGCGGUGGUGGGCGUGGGCGACGAGGGCCGCGCCCUGCCUGAUGUCAUGCAGGGCAUGGUGCUCAGCUCCAUGCAGCACUUCAGCGAGGCCUUCCACCAGGUCCUGGGCGAGAAACACAAGCGCGGCCACCUGGCCGAGGCCGAGGGCCACAGGGACACUUGCGACGAAGACUCGGUGGCCGGCGAGUCGGACCGCAUAGACGAUGGCACUGUUAACGGCCGCGGCUGCUCCCCGGGCGAGUCGGCCUCGGGGGGCCUGUCCAAAAAGCUGCUGCUGGGCAGCCCCAGCUCGCUGAGCCCCUUCUCCAAGCGCAUCAAGCUCGAGAAGGAGUUCGACUUGCCCCCGGCCGCGAUGCCCAACACGGAGAACGUGUACUCGCAGUGGCUCGCUGGCUACGCGGCCUCCAGGCAGCUCAAAGAUCCCUUCCUUAGCUUCGGAGACUCCAGACAAUCGCCUUUCGCCUCCUCGUCGGAGCACUCCUCGGAGAACGGGAGCUUGCGCUUCUCCACGCCGCCCGGGGAGCUGGACGGAGGGAUCUCGGGGCGCAGCGGCACGGGAAGUGGAGGGAGCACGCCCCAUAUUAGUGGUCCGGGCCCGGGCAGGCCCAGCUCAAAAGAGGGCAGACGCAGCGACACUUGUGAGUACUGUGGGAAAGUCUUCAAGAACUGUAGCAAUCUCACUGUCCACAGGAGAAGCCACACGGGCGAAAGGCCUUAUAAAUGCGAGCUGUGCAACUAUGCCUGUGCCCAGAGUAGCAAGCUCACCAGGCACAUGAAAACGCAUGGCCAGGUGGGGAAGGACGUUUACAAAUGUGAAAUUUGUAAGAUGCCUUUUAGCGUGUACAGUACCCUGGAGAAACACAUGAAAAAAUGGCACAGUGAUCGAGUGUUGAAUAAUGAUAUAAAAACUGAAUAGAGGUAUAUUAAUACCCCUCCCUCACUCCCACCUGACACCUCCUUUUUUCACCACCCCCCCCCUUCCCCAUCGCCCUCCAGCCCCACUCCCUGUAGGAUUUUUUUCUAGUCCCAUGUGAUUAAACAAACAAACAAACAGAAAUAACGGAAGCUAAGAAUAUGAGAGUGCUUGUCACCAGCACACCUGUUUUUUUUUUCUUUUUCUUUUUUUCUUUUUCUUUUUUUCCUUUAUGUUCUCACCGUUUGAAUGCAUGAUCUGUAUGGGGCAAUACUAUUGCAUUUUACGCAAACUUUGAGCCUUUCUCUUGUGCAAUAAUUUACAUGUUGUGUAUGUUUUUUUUUUUUAAACUUAGACAGCAUGUAUGGUAUGUUAUGGCUAUUUUAAAUUGUCCCCGAUUCGUUGCUGAGCAAACAUGUUGCUGUUUCCAGUUCCGUUCUGAGAGAAAAAGAGAGAGAGAGAGAAAAAGACCAUGCUGCAUACAUUCUGUAAUACAUAUCAUGUACAGUUUUAUUUUAUAACGUGAGGAGGAAAAACAGUCUUUGGGUUAACCCUCUAAAGACAGAAUAGACAGCACUGAAAGAAAAUCUCUAUGAGCUAAAUGUCUGUCUGUAGAGGGUUAAAUGUAUCAAUUGGAGAGGAAAAAAAAAAGGCCUUGAAUUGACAAAUUUUAACAGAAAAACAAAACAAGUUUAUUCUAUCAUUUGGUUUUAAAAUAUGAGUGCCUUGGAUCUAUUAAAACCACCUUGAUGGUUCUUUCUACUUGUUAUAAACUUGUAGCUUAAUUCAGCAUUGGGUGAGGUAAGAAAUCUUAGGACCUAGCAUAUAAUUCUAUAUUGUAUUUCUCACAACAAUGGCUACCUAAAAAUAUGACCCACUAUGUCCUAGUUAAUCAUCAUUUUCCCUUUAGUUUAAUCUUAAAAGCAAAACUGAUUAUACCAGUAUAAACGCUAUUUUGCUCCUGGUGAGAGCUUAAAAGAAAUGGGCUGUUUCGCCCAAAGUUUUAUUUUUUUUUUUAAAUGAUGAUUAAAUUGAAUGUGCAACGUGCAAAAGCCCCGGAAUACAAUUAAAUACAUUAGUAAGGAAUUCAUUUUAUGAAGAUAACUUAAAUAAUGUCUGUUCAAAAAAUUCUGGCACCAAAAGAAAUAGAUCCAGAUCUACUUGGUUGUCAAAGGGACAAUCAAAUGAUAAACUUUAAGACCUCGUAGACCAUAUUAAAAAGAAGAGACUGACAAUAAGGUUUGGCAGGAGGGUAACAGAGGAAGAAAAUACCUGAUCUCUUAGCACAACGUGGUACUAUUUGCCAUUUUAAACUAGAACAGGUGUAUAAGCUAAUACUGAUACAAUGAUGAUUAACUAUGAAUUCUUAAGACUUGUGUUUAAAUGUGACAUUCUUAAAAAAGAAGAGAAAGAAUUUUAAGAGUAGCAGUAUAUAUGUCUGUGCUCCCUAAAAGUUGUACUUCAUUUCUUUUCCAUACACUGUGUGCUAUUUGUGUUAACAUGGAAGAGGAUUCAUUGUUUUUAUUUUAUUUUUUUAAUUUUUUCUUUUUUAUCAAGCUAGCAUCUGCCCCAGUUGGUGUUCAAAUAGCACUUGACUCUGCCUGUAAUAUCUGUAUCUUUUCUCUAAUCAGAGAUACAGAGGUUGAGUAUAAAAUAAACCUGCUCAGAUAGGACAAUUAAGUGCACUGUACAAUUUUCCCAGUUUACAGGUCUAUACUUAAGGGAAAAGUUGCAAGAAUGCUGAAAAAAAAAAUUGAACACAAUCUCAUUGAUGAGCAUUUUUAAAAAAAAAAAACUAAAAAAAAAAAAAACUUUGCCAGCCAUUUACUUGACUAAUGAGCUUACUUACUCGGACUCAACAUUGCAAGCGCUGUGAAUGGAAAACAGAAUACACUUAACAUAGAAAUGAAUGAUUGCUUUCGCUUCUACAGUGCAAGGAUUUUUUUGUACAAAACUUUUUUAAAUAUAAAUGUUAAGAAAAAAAAUUUUUUUAAAAAACACUUCAUUAUGUUUAGGGGGGAACUGCAUUUUAGGGUUCCAUUGUCUUGGUGGUGUUACAAGACUUGUUAUCCAUUUAAAAAUGGUAGUGGAAAUUCUAUGCCUUGGAUACACACCGCUCUUCAGGUUGUAAAAAAAAAAAAAAAACAUACAUUGGGGAAAGGUUUAAGAUUAUAUAGUACUUAAAUAUAGGAAAAUGCACACUCAUGUUGAUUCCUAUGCUAAAACACAUUUAUGGUCUUUUUUCUGUAUUUCUAGAAUGGUAUUUGAAUUAAAUGUUCAUCUAGUGUUAGGCACUAUAGUAUUUAUAUUGAAGCUUGUAUUUUUAAUUGUUGCUUGUUCUCUUAAAAGGUAUCAAUGUACCUUUUUUGGUAGUGGAAAAAAAAAAAAGACAGGCUGCCACAGUAUAUUUUUUUAAUUUGGCAGGAUAAUAUAGUGCAAAUUAUUUGUAUGCUUCAAAAAAAAAAAAAGAGAGACAAACAAAAAAGUGUGACAUUGUACAGAUGAGAAGCCAUAUAAUGGCGGUUUGGGGGAGCCUGCUAGAAUGUCACACGGAUGGCUGUCAUAGGGGUUGUACAUAUCCUUUUUCGUUCCUUUUUCCUGCUGCCAUACUGUAUGCAGUACUGCAAGCUAAUAACGUUGGUUUGUUAUGUAGUGUGCUUUUUGUCCCUUUCCUUCUAUCACCCUACAUUCCAGCAUCUUACCUUCAUAUGCAGUAAAAGAAAGAAAGAAAAAAAAGGAAAAAAAAAACAAAAACAAUGUUUUGCAGUUUUUUUCAUUGCCAAAAACUAAA